AAAAAUAUGGCGGAAGUAGGAGAAGAAAUGGAUAGCUGGGACUGUGUGCAAACAGAAUUUAUGGGAGACGAGACCACAAACUUUGGACCUAGAAUUGAAAAUGGAACAGCACUUUACCAAGUGGAUACGCUAGCUACCAUUUCACCCAAAAGUCAGACUGCAAGUGAAGUUACCUCUCUGGUCACUGCAGCAGUAGGGGAGCUUGCAUGUGUUGGAGUCAACCAACAUCUUAGUGUCUUCCAGGAUUCACAGCUUCAGAUCACGAUUGCAUUUGAGAGUACUCUAGAAGAUGCAGCCUGGAGUCCAGAUGGCUCAUUGCUGGUUACGGUGGAUUCAACUGGGAAACUGUAUAUCUUCAUCGCAGAGACCCUUCAAUCUGUUUUCUCCCAUAGGUUACUGCCAUGUGAAAGGAUCACAAGCAGAAGAGCAUUCCAAAACAUCUGUUUUCAUAGAUGUGACAAUGGCUUGUGUGACUUGAUAUUGCUGUCUUCAAGUGGUCUCCUAUUUGUUGUCAAAGAUCUGGAUACAAAAUCUCUCACACAAGAAACAGACAAUAUUGCUAGCAUCAUACAACAGCAGUUGCAGUUUGCAACAGUUGAGACACAUCAGAUGCACACCAGGCAAGCGUGUGAUAUUGUGUCACUUGGCCAUGGGAAUAUCAUAACUGUUGGCUGUGGAGACUGCGUGUUGGCUGUGUGGGAGUGGCAUGAAAAUUCUUUAGAGUUGGUGGACAGUAUUGGAAGCAUCCUGGAUAAAGAUGCGGGGAUAGUGCAUGCUCAUGCAGUCUCCAACAACAAACUACUUCUGACUUUAGAUGAAAAUAGCCAGAUAAGUAUUUGGUGUGUACCAGAGCUUGUCUUGCUAUUGAUUGUUGUGGCUGCAAGUGAGACAAAACAUAUCGAAAACUUUGUACUGCUAGAGACACCAAACAACACUGGUAACAGCCUUAGAGGAAUGCGACUGGUCCUCUGUGAAAAGAAUCGUGAAGAUCUGGGAGAUAACGCAUGUCUCAAGAUUCUAACCCUACCUGAGGGAGAGUGCAUUUACUCCCUUCAGACAGGGCAUCCUGUCUGCAUGCCCCGAUGUGGUCUAACAGAGGAAUCUCUGCUUUUGGCUGAGGGUUCUCCAGAACCAAGGAAUCCCAGCAAAAUCUCCACCAUUCGCUUUCGACGCCUUAGUGAAACCAGCCCAGAAACUCGUCUUCAUCGAAUCUUACAGAAGAAGAAGUUUGAAGAGGCCCUGCAGUUUGCACAGCUCUUCCACUUAGACAGAGAGCUAGUACAUGUGGCUUUCAUGAACCAUUUGCUUGACCAACUGUCUCCAUGGAGCGCUGUGAACUUCAAUAACAAAAGUGUGUCAUCCAUGACCUUACAGCUCUGGGACUGCCUAGAUAACAUUAGGGAGUGUCUUCUUGUGGUGGAGAACUGCAUGCGAGCAGCACUUCCCUCCUUUCAAGAUACAUGGAGACUGCUGACAGUAUGCCAGGCCAAGCUGGAGAUCGUGAAGACUGACAAAGUGGACAAACAGCUUGCUUUACAAACAAAGCUUUUGGACAUUCAAAACCGACUUCUGACAUUCAAACUUGCCUUCGGUGUUAACAGUUACAGUGCAGAGAAAUGGAUGAGGUUUCAGCAGUCUAGUCUCCUGCAUGAAGCAUGCUGCCACAUGACUGCCCACAAUGCUCAUAUUGCAGUUUUAAUAUGGCGCAGACAUUCUGUGGAGUGGGCAAGUCAGAUAACCAGCCACACUUUGGACCAGCUGUUAUUUGCAGUACCAGAGAGGCUAGGAGGCAGUUGUGUACUGGGCUGGGUGCUGGAAGAUCUUAUCCCAUACGUUGCCAGAUUCCUGCCGCACAGUCUGGGUCAAGUUGGGCAAUGGAGCAUUCAGAGAGCCACAAACAUGGAGAUGCUGGAGAAAGAUGGCUGGCCAAGGAAUGCGCUCAGUUUUCUGGGUGCUGUUUACAAGCAGAUGAUGGAAAUCAUGGAAGUAGAUUUCUCAGAAUCUACUCACAGUGCUGCAGAGAAUGCCACAAAGACGAAAAUUGAUGCAUGUCGACUGCUGGGGCCACUGAGGAAUGUGCUUCAGCUGUUACAAAAUUUGUAUGACCUUCAACAGUACAAUCUCAGGAUGCCUUUACAACAGUUCCAGCAGGAAACAAAGGAAACGCUGGCAUUCCGUAUGCUUGACCGUGUUGUGAUGGUUGAGUUGAUUGUGCCAACACUUGAGAGAUAUAUUACUCCUUACAUUCAAGCUAAUCAUCUGAACCAAGACCACAUCUUUGCCAGUUAUGUAAAGGAUCUGCUGAAGAGAGUAGGCCACCUGAAGUCCUACACUGGCCAUUCAGCCUGGGAGGAGAAGGUUCUAGCUAUAAUAUCAUUUAUUCUUGACCCUAAGGAAAAGUGCUGUGCUAUACUAAAUGUAAUGAAGGAGGCAUUGCCUUGGAGUACAGAGGUCGAGCAACUUGUGGAGGAUGGCUUAAAAGUUCAGCAUCCUUUUGUAAGUGAUUUGCGGGAACAGAAGAAGAUUAUUACAGUCCGACAACUGAUGCAGUGCUAUGGUAUCAAAACCUCCAAUCAUCCUUGCCAGGCCCAAGCACAGAAACUUGCCAGAUUGAUUGUGCAAAAGGAUAGAGAGAAGUCACUACAAGAUGCUCUUAAGAUACUUAAGGAAUACAACAUCUGCAGCGCAGAUGCAGAAGCAGACAUUUAUUUCCAUUAUGCACAUGUCCUCAUCUCCACAGAAAGGUUAUCUGAAUACAUUAAGCACCUGAGAUGCCUCAGUCCAGAGAUGGCCAAAAGAUGUGGAAUGCAAGUAGUAUGUCUGGCAGAAGUCUAUUUGGACCAGCCUCCACCAACUGCAUUAAAAGAGACAGAACAGAAACAGCAGGUUCUGUUGACAGAGGCAGCUGUUCUCACUCUGAAGCAUCUGAUAACACAGACCAAGGAUCGAGUAGAACUUGAUGAACUUCAGUGUCAGCUGUCGAUAUUUACUGCAUUAUCUUCUCUCCAGAGGGAGUACAAUAUCUAUAUGUCAGUGGUGGACUACAGCAGUGAUAUACAUCGUGGUCAGAUAUUUGUCAAGUCUAUUCAGAGUUACCUGAAGGAAGGAAAGCUGCUUCAGGACAACUUUGACUUCACAAAUAUCUACCGCUUAGCAGAUCUGCUCGUUAUCAGGCGAGAAGAUUUUCUUAUGGAGAUGGCUGUCCGAGAAGCAUGUGAUGGGAACAUCAAGGCUACUGAAUGCUUAUGCAGAGAACUGCUUCGAGCAGAUCCAUCACCUACUGUAGGACAUGCGCUGUAUCAGGUUGGGAUGAAUUUACUACAGAUUCAAAGAAGAGAAAAUAAAGAAGACGAGGAAACAAAUUUUACGAAUAAAUAUCGCUAUUUUUCUCACCUGACACAGCAGCUAGCAACAAGAGCAGUAGUCAUGUGCAGUGAAGAAUUGCUACCUUCAUGCUUAGAGCUCAGUCGAGCAGCAGAGUUUUGGCAACGUACAAGUGCCCAGUGUGAAGCCUUUGAGACCCCAGAUAUGGAUAAGAUAGAAGAGGCUAAGCUGAAGCCCAGGACACCACUGCAGGCUUACAAACUGGACACAUUAUAUGAAGAUGAUGCCUUAGUGAUGAGUUCUGCUGUAGUUUUGCCACUUGUUUCCACAUCUUUGGCAACCACAGUUAGUUUUAUUGAAGAUGAUGAGGAUGGAGACGAGGAGGAGCAACAGGGAGGGUCUGUGACAAGGCCACUGCAGCAUUUGCUUACAGCUGUCAGCCACCUGCGAGAGAAUAGCCACCUAGAACUGUCCCUGCGCCUCACCAGUUUCACCUUUAGCUCCUUACAUCAUAUGCUGCAACAGCAUGACAUGGGUUACCCUUUGGUCCCUGAGAUGCAAGCAUGGCUGGAGAGGGAGAGGGCUGUUAUGCAGGAUGCUGACGUUAAAGCUGGCAAACUCAUAAGAGAUCUGGUGUCAGGCAUCCUAGUGAAGAUAUUUAGUGCAAAGUCUGUAGACUGUAAAAUGGCCUUGGCUUACCUCCUUAGUGUUCCACGUAAAGUCAGCAUUUCAUGCCUCAACAGAAGUAUUUCUUCCUGUGGACUGAACUUUCGCAAGUUAAGGGCUAUUGCUAGUGUUGGCGUUUGCCUGGGACACUUGUUGAAGGAGACCUCUGUCAUUGCCACCUGCCAAGAGCUAGAAACAGGAGCUUCUUGGGGUGUUCGGCUUGCCAAAGCGAAGGUUGACUUUAAGGAAGCUUUCAAAGGUGGAGUAUCAGCCAAGCGUGACAUUAUUGCUUGUUUAGCUCACUGCAAAGAAGCCAGCAUUGCUAUGGUGACUGAGUUCUGCCAUGACUUCAAGCUAGAUCUUGAAGAUGGCUAUAUGGUUUACCUUGAGCACCUGUUGAUAUGGCCUAUCUCUCUUGGAGAUGGUGAUUACGUUUCUUCAACAUCAGCCCCUCAUGCACUCCAGCUAAAGCAUGCACAGAUUACUGUGUCUGCCAUCAUAAAUUUACAAGGACAGAACCAGUUGUUGAAGAAACUAAAGGCACUGUAUAAAAAGGCAAGCCCAUAUGACUAUGAGAAUAUUGAAUUCUUGUUGACUGAAAUCAAUAAGCUGGAACCAACACCACUUUAUCAAAAGGGCCUACAGCUGGUAAACUAUCUCAAGGUUUAUAAUCGUCAUAACCCUCCUUCUGACUAUGAGCUGUCAAGUGUUGUGAAACAAAAGGAUGAUGCAGUUGAACUCGGAAGCCCUGUGGAUUUAUUGACACGCUGGUCAGCAGAACGUCUUCCAGUCCAUCUGCUUUUGGAUGGAGAUGCCUGGAAAAUUAUUACAUCUGAACUACAGGCAGAAACAGUCACCAUCUGGCUUCAGAUUGCUCAACUACUUAAUUUGUCAACCGAUGAAAUAUACCUGAUGACUGUUCAAAACAUGGUUAAACAGCAUGUUGCACACAUUCGGACUUCUGGCGUGUGUGCUGCAACCAACAGUUUCCCCUCCGGUGCCAGUGGUACACAGCACAAGAAGGCAGUGCCAGCUCUCAAAGACUGGAAAUGCAGUGAAUCAAGUCUACGGUUUCUAGAGAGAGUGCAGCAGCUUGUGUCUUCUGUCACCAAUUGUGAAAUGGCCCUAGCAUGCGCCAGCUGGGUUGUCAAAGAACUACCUAUGGGUGGUGAGAAAGUGGUUGGACUUCAGGGCUGUGUUACUUUUGCCAGACAAUGGCAUCAAGCUUGUGCUGACAAUACCCCACAAAAAAGAAGUCCAUGGCUGCAUAUGUCAAGUUUGAGAAAGUUCUUCACAAGACUGACAGAGCAGGUGCUGUAUACACAUGAUCUUGCCCAGCCCUAUCUGCUGCAAUUGGGGUCCUCACCUCAUGAACUGUUGGCACAACUCAUGGAGCAUCCCUGUCUGAUCAAUGAAUCAGGCCAGUUAGGGACAGGACCAGACAUCUAUGCAGCAAUACAAGGAAUAGCAGAGAUAAAUGGCAUGGAUGUCAGCAUAGCUGUUGUGGAAGCCAUGCAGAAGUGGCUUUUGUCAUCUGAUUCACAGCAAGAUAUGGACACGACAAUGAACAUCAGUUUUUCCAGCCUGAAGUUCACAGAUCAAUCUGACAAUGGCAGAUUACAGGACAACAUGAAGAGGGUGAAGUACUUUUUGCAGCAUGGACCUAAGAAGGCAAUUAUAGAGUUUCUUGUUGGGUACACCCUGAUGGAGGAAGCCGAAAGCAUCAGCUAUAGGGGCCGCCUGCAGUGCCUCUACUGCUUGCUACAGGUGGCCACAGAUGAAGACCUUCGGCCACUGGGAUACACUUGUGACACAAUAAGGGAGCUUCUGAAGGUCUUGAUGUACCUGUCCCACCUGGAGCAGCUCCACAUCCAUCAUUCCCAAGACACUUUCCUUGAAUGCAACAAGACAGGCCUUGUUAAGGGCAUCUGGCGAAACCACAGCCACAGCAAGCCGGCCGUGCUACUUGUAGCCAGUCUGUGUCUUGACUAUGGCAUUGAGGACCGCCAGAUGUGGGCAGCUAUUCUGCAGCAAAUGCUUAGCCUCAGUAUGCUAGAAAAUCUGGAAUAUAUACUGAAGAGACUGCAAGCUAUGCCAUCAGUCUGGAGUCUUCCCAUAUUUGCUCAUGCCUGGCAGGCCAUUGCUGACUUCCACCCUUGGCAAGAUGACUGUGCCUCUGACAGAUGACCAGAUGAAAGCCUGUAUUCAUUGUUUUAAUCUUAUACAAAGUUGUCCUGUGUCUGGUCAGCUGGACUUCAUCUUGCUUGCACACCAUUUCCAGUGCCUUGGUCUUGCUCUUUGCUCAGCUGCCUGUCUUGACAUGGAUCCAUUGCAGCAGGACUCUAAAUUCAAG